AUGGCUACAGGAACGGUCGACCCUUCCUCUACUAACGAGGCCCAGGGUUCCUCGAUCCCUUCGGACGAUCUCCAUGAGAGGGAAAAACAGAUGGUGGCGUCGGUCCGACCGCCCAACCAGCGACAGAUGAGCCCUUUCGUCAUCACCGAGCGGCCGGAGGAGAAGCACCUCGGGAUAUCUACCCGCAGCCUGACGGUGGACGACUUUGCUCUGCUGAAAACUCUGGGGACCGGCACUUUCGCUCGGGUAUGGCUGGUCCGAAUGAAGGACGAAGUGCAGCGGAGGGACAAGGUUUACGCGCUCAAGAUUCUACGCAAGGCGGAUGUGAUCAAAUUGAAGCAGGUUGAGCAUGUGCGCAACGAACGAAAAACACUCGUGGCGGUUUCCGGCCAUCCCUUCAUCACGACGCUAAUAGCCACGUUCUCGGAUGACCAAAGCCUGUAUAUGCUGCUUGAUUACUGCCCCGGAGGCGAAAUAUUUAGUUACCUACGACGAGCGCGACGAUUCAACGAAAACACCUCCAAGUUUUAUGCGGCCGAAAUCGCCCUGACGAUCGAGUUCCUCCACGAUGCCGAAGGGGUCGUUUACCGCGAUUUGAAACCCGAAAAUAUCCUCCUGGACGCCGAUGGACAUAUCAAACUGGUCGACUUCGGCUUUGCCAAACAAGUAUGCGAUCGCGAAACGUACACGUUAUGCGGAACACCGGAAUAUCUCGCCCCGGAGGUUAUUCACAAUAGUGGUCAUGGGCUCGCGGUGGAUUGGUGGGCCCUAGGUAUCUUGAUUUAUGAGUUCCUGGUUGGGCAACCCCCUUUCUGGGACCAGAAUCCAAUGCGCAUCUACGAGCAGAUCGUUGAAGGCCGACUGCGCUUUCCUCAAGGCAUGUCGCCGGCCGCCCAAAACAUCAUCUCCUUACUCUGCAAGACGAAUCCGACGGAACGACUCGGAUACAUAUCCGGCGGGUCUGCUCGCGUCAAAGCCCAUCCUUUCUUCGAAGACAUCAACUGGGAUGACCUGUUCUACCGUCGAAUCAAGGGGCCUAUCAUUCCGAGAGUCGAUCAUCCGGCAGAUACAGGCAACUUCGAGGAGUAUCCCGACCCGGAUUCCAAGGGCAUGGGAGUCUACACCGAUGAUUUGAGGAAAAAAUACGAAGCUUUGUUUAGCGACUUUUGA